GACGGUUAGGAGCCGCUGCAAAACCAGUUCAACAAUUCUCUCUCCAUGCCCCGUCGCGUCCGCCAAUUUGAAUCCAUUUUUGACCAACAGACUUUGUCAGCUUUUAAUUUGCUUUACAAGUCUUUCGUUUGCAGAUGGGGCCAUCCUCGAGCGAAAAAAAAAACUAAAAAAAUAAGUAGCCAUUAAAUCCAUCAGCAAAAUCAUCUUAAAAUUUCACAAAGUAGCACUCUUUUUCAACGAAUAACAAUCACAACUGCGCCUAUAUGUAGCCUGAUAUGACUACGUGUUGGAAAAUGCUCAUUCGACCUAGUGUUCUUCGUCACACAAUUUUCUCCACCAAACGGGGCAUCUCCACUUCACAUCCAAUUAUCAUCUCUAAAGGUAGAUUGAGCAGAAGUAGAGUUGCGAAAUUCUUGACAGUGAGAUCUUCAAUGAGUUCAUCAUCUACGCAAGUUGAGCAAGUUGAUAGAUUAUUGAGUGGCCGAAACGAUGACCACGGUGGAGUGAUUGUUGAAAUGACGAAUGAGCCCUUGGAUCCCGCUGUUUUUGCUUCCUUGCUCAGAGCCUCCCUUUCCCAAUGGCGCCAGAAGGGAAAGAAGGGUGUGUGGAUUAAAAUGCCUAUAGAGCUUGUGAGUCUUGUUGAAUCUGCUGUUAAGGAAGGAUUCUAUUUUCACCAUGCAGAACCUAAGUAUUUGAUGCUUGUGCAUUGGCUUCCUAGCACGCCCAGCACUCUACCAGCAAAUGCCUCACAUCGAGUGGGAAUUGGUGCUUUCGUCUUGAAUGAGAAGAAUGAAGUGUUAGUAGUUCAGGAGAAGAGUGGGGGGUUCCGCGGAACAGGUGUGUGGAAGUUCCCGACAGGAGUUGUUGAUGAGGGUGAAGAUAUAUGCGAUGCUGCAGUUCGAGAAGUGAAAGAAGAAACUGGAAUCGAGUCAAAGUUUUUGGAAAUACUAGCUUUCAGACAAAGUCACAAAUCAUAUUUCGAUAAAUCGGACUUGUUCUUCGUAUGCAUGCUUCAACCGCUCUCUAAAGAGAUCCAGCCACAAGAAGCAGAAAUUGAGGCAGCCCAGCGCCGUAUUAUUCAACUUUUUUGCACCAUAUCCAUAACCAAAGCUUGCUGCUGCAGUGGAUGCCAUUUGAAGAAUAUGCGGCCCAACCGUUCAUCCAGAAGCACGAUCUUCUUAAGAAAAUAUCUGAGAUAUGCGCGGCAAAGAAGGAGAAGAGAGGGUACCCUGGAUUUUCACCGGUGGCGACAACGACAGGAUUCUCUCAGAAGAAGAGCUAUUUGUACAUCAACAGCCAAUGCCUCAACUUAGAGGACUAAUUAAGAGGUUCUUGGCUCUGUAACAACAUUCAAGUUUUCUUUAGUUUGAUACUUACUAUUCAAUUGCUUUAUUUUGAUAA